UGAAAAUAACAAGAGCCGCAUGCUGUGUACGAGUCUGUUCUUAGUUUACCACUAAGGUGUGCCUUUUCUCAAAAAGUUUGGACGGCCCUGAUCUAAUGAAAGCUUUAUCCUUUGAAGUCUUUCUGCAAAUUCAGGAUAAAUUGAACUCUAUUGCCACCUUCUUCAUAUUUGAGAUAAUCAAGUCAAAACUUAGUCUUAAGAUCUUCUCCUAAAAUAAUAAUUGCGCAACGGUUAAGCUUCAAAUUUGUUCAUUUCAGUUUUCCUUUCAGCUUCGGUCCCCUCACCGCUUCUUGUUUAUGUUGAUAAAAAUUAUAAUAAUUAACUUAAAAUAAUUAUUAAUUUUAACUGUCUUAAAUUUCAAGUAGUUUGAUAGACCACACCUUAUAAUGGAAGGAAUAGAAGUCAAACCUUAUCUAGAUGGAAAAAUCACAUCCGAACAGGAAAUUCAACAGUCAGGGCUCAAAAGUGCAUCAAAUUCAGAUGAAUUAUUGCAAGAUGAAGACGUAGAGCUUUUAUGCCUUCAUCAAUCAACUUCAUCUCAAUAUCCACUCAACAUCAAAAAAGUCAACAAAAGCCGAAUUCAAUGGUUCAAACUCUUUAUAUCGUUAUGCACUGAAGAUUCUGAUGACAGCAUUGAUGCAAUUCUAAAUCAUUCAAAGUUAAUAAUGCCGAGUGGAUUCAAAAAUACCAAAAAUAAAUUAUGUCGAUAUUUUGAGCAUACAAUUGAGUGCCUUUACAAAAGAUUCGAGAGACUCAGCAUGUUUAAAAAUGUUUUUUGUGUUAUUUAUGAAGACACGAGGUCAAUGAUUCCAUCUGAGAUGAUAAUGAAUGCUGCAUUUGAACGAUUUUGUACUCAAGAACUAGCUAAACUUUUACGUAAUCAAGAAUGGAGUAAAAUUGUUAUUUUUGGCACUCUUUUGUGUGAGCUAACCGCGACUUAUCAUGGAUACUCGACUUUAUUUAUUGAAGAGUUUAACGCUUUUAUUAAAGAGAUUAUUAAGUCAGCUUUAAGUGGAACUCAAGAUGCUUGUGCUGCUUUCAAGUUGAUUUUGAAUCAGUUGACAAAAUCAAAGCCUGUAUUUGAGGAAAUAGACAGAGGAUACUUGACAAUAUUAGACACUUUGCUGGGAGAUGAAGAUUUUAAAGACAAAGCUACAACAAUUAAAACUUGUUUAAAUAAACAUUUUGAUAACAACUGGAAGGACCGCGUUGAGUUUAAAUUAGAAAUUGACAAUUCUCAAAAAUGCAAAGACUUUGAAGAAUACCUUAACUCAAAAUCUAAAGGAAGCAACGACUGCUGUGAGUUUUUUGUUGACGCCACAACCAACGAGCUUGAAUAUUUUGCAAGAAAAUUCAUUAAGUUUGCAAUCAAAAAUCCCAAAGAAAUUAAAAUUCUUGGAACAAUUGCAACAAAAUAUAAAGCAAUAAUGUUAAGAGUUAGAAAGUUCAUAAGAGAAGUUGUAAAGAGCCUUAAUAGUGAAUUUGAGGUUAUGAAAGAAAAUGAGAAAGUUGAUUCUGUAAUUUUUUUAAAUUUGGGUAAGCUUCUCGGUGAAUUGUACGUGUCUGAAAAUGAAAUUGUUAAAAUUGGUUUUAUGGCAAAUUAUUUAAAUUAUUUGAAGGAAAAUGGCGAAUUUAUUACAUUAACAACGACUUUAAAGCUUUGUGGACAUGAAUUUAAAAACAAAGUUCCGAAACAAUAUGAAAAAUUAAUGAAUUCAUUUAUAUUUGCUGAAAUAAUUGAGGAUGAAAUCACAAAAAUGAUUGAGAACUUAGAUGAUGAAAGUUUAUUGUAUCAAUCGAGGCUGUUCAAGCCAGCAGAAUCCGCAAACAAAUUUUUAAAUUUAAAAACAGUUUUUAAUGGUAUUUUAAAGAAUCAAGAUGUUAGCUUUAGCUAUGAAUUAAAUCAGAUGCUGCACAUAAACACAAAAGGAUUGAUCAACAUGAUAAUCAGUUCAUUACAAAAACCAGACGCAAAUGUCAUCGAAGUCGCUAAACUUCUAAAAUCUUUGUUUGAUUUUACAUUCAAAAUUGAAAAAUUCACGAAAAGAUUGAAGACUCAAUUAAAUUCGAAGAUUACAGACUUGUCAGAAGCUGAUAAUCUACAAGACAUGAAGACUCUCGGGAUGCUUAUAGCUGAAUUGAAAAAUUUACAUGUGAUUGAUGAUGACAGUCAGGAAUUGUGGCUAGAAGAAGUUAAAACAUUUGAAUCAGAUGACAUUUUUGAGGUUAUGGAAGUUUAUAUUGAUGUAAUUAAGGCUAUGAUAAUUACUAUCCAAAUCCAAGACUAUGAAAAGCUGCAGGAGGUCCAUCAAUACCUAAAAGUCACCAGUAAAUCUCUGGAAUCAUCAAACACAGAAGUAGCAAUCAGAAUUAAAUCAAAAAUCGUUCCAAUCCUUCAAAAUAUCGUCCUUAAAUCAGUAACUCCAUCAACUUCAGAGCUUCUCUUUAAAAUCAGACUUGGACAUAAGAUUCAAGGCUUACCAAAAGACAUGCCUGAGAGCAAUCAAAAUAUUCUAGACGUCCAGGAUUUUGCUAAAAUCUUCUGCCUUAAUGCCAUAUCUAGUCAUCACUUUACUGCUAACUUUACAUAUGCUAUUAAGUUCCUCACAACUGGACCGAAAGGUGAAGUAUUCAUUCAAUCUGUCAGGGAUGCACUAUCCUCAAAUCUAAUUCCAAACGUGUUCUUCUUUGAAUCUGAUGAAGUCAUUGGAACAUUUGAGCUUAUUGUGCAUCUUUUUAAGGAAUACACGCUGUCGGAAUCGGAAAUUGAUUUAUUUUUAAAAAAUAUUCUUAAACAUCAGAAUUUGGGGAUGUUUAAGGACUGCACAAGGAUAUUCAUAGAAGAUCUACAGCAGCUUGUUGCUGAUGAGACAUGGAGGAUUGCUAGGAGAUUUAGUCAUAGUUUGAGAUACUCAAUUAAGGAAGUCCUAAAGAAGCUUAGAAAAUUGGAUGUUGCCGAAAGGAAAGCUAAUAACUCAGGAGUUUUACAAAAGAGAGCCAGUAACGUAGAAGCUGCUGGAAAUGAAUCUAAAGACGUUGCAGAUCUAAGCAAAAAGGUGAAGAACAUGAAGAUAAAGAAGGUGGAAGAAGUAAAUAAUGCAGAAGGUCAGCUUGUCGCUAAAUCAAACUUUAAGAUCAGGAUUUUACCAAAAAGAGAAGAUUUAGAGUCUGUGCCUGAAGGUUCAUUAGAAGAUCUAGAACAAAAUGGAGGAGCUUCAAUCGUAAAUGCUGAAAUUAAAUUAAACUUAGAAGAUCUAGUUCAGCAAUUGAUUCAAACUUAUAAAACUGACAAACAAAGUAUAAAGUCAUCAAAACAUAAGUUGAAGAGCUCAUCUGUGGAUUCAACUGACCAAGAAAGUCCAGAUAUACUUAAACUUUACAAUUUAAUCCUUCCAAUAAUCACAUUAAGUACAUCACGAUUCAAAAAAUGUGCAAUAACAAUUUACAAAUGGACAAUUGAAGAUUCAAGCCUUAAACAACAAGUUAAAGAGCUUAUUGAACUUUUAGCAAAGGAACUGCAAGCAAAUCAUAAGCAAUUAUUGAUGGAUGUAGCUAAAGACCUAACCGAUGAGUGUGCCAUCAUUCGUAAAGCACAAAGCGCAAGAAAACCAAAAAGAAUCGAGGAAAUGUCACAACAAAGAAGUUCCUUCAUAUUGACAUCCAGAGCUGUUGUCCCAUUCUUUGAGAAGCAUCAGAUCUACGACAUCCUGCUCUGCAUGUUAAGCUACAUUAGAGAUGGAAACAGGAUUGCAUUUGAAAUGUUUUUAGACAUUAUUGAGGGGAUGGAAAAUGUCUUUGAGGAUGAUUGUAAGGAACGAGAUGAUUUUGUUACUUCUUGCAUUGCCGUUUUGGAAUAUGCUGCGAAUUUUAAGAAUGUAGACGAAGAAAUGAUAAGAAAAGCUAUAAAAAUGACAAAAUUUUUAAAAAGCUUGAAUAUCAAUCAGGAUGCUUUGGAAGGUCAGGUGCUGUACACAGGUCAGGAUAGCAAUAACGUUGUGAGUAAUUUGAUGAAAAAACCAAAAAAGCGGACAAAAAAUCCUAAAAUGUCUGGUCAGUCAUCUGUAAAUUCAAGUCAAAGUGGUCAGUCAAGUGGAACAUCAAGUCAAGUUGCUAUAACUAAUUCAAGUAUUGUAGCUGAUCCUCCAGUGAACUUUUCAGCAGAUGCUAAAAUCAUGUUCUACAUAAGUCAGCUGCAGUCAUCAAAUGUUGAACAAAUCGCUUCCAAAGUCUCUCCAUUUUUGGUUAAAAACUUUUCAAAUCAAAGAUUCUUGGAAGUUUUACUGCAACAAGGAAUUUCUGACCAGAAACACAUCAAUCCAGUCAUCGACUUGUUCAAUCUUCUGUCCAAGACAAUCAGCUUUAAGAAGAGUUUAGUUCAAAUAACAGCAGAAAUAAGCAGCAAGUUCCUGAAUCUUUGCAUUGAUUGUGAAAAUCAGGAACAAAAAAUGAUGAACUUGACAAAGUUUACAGUUGCAUUUGAGCCAAACAUCCAAAAUUCAUUUUGGUAUCAAUUAUGGCAACAACUUGCUGAAUUCAUCAAGCAAAAUUAUCCAAAUGCUCUUAAACUUUUAGUGCUGUUGAUGACUGAGAAGAUUGAUAUGUUGUGCAAUAUUAAGGAACACAAGAAACUUAUUAGACAAAUUGUGGUGCUUUUUAAAAACAAGCUAGCUGUGGAACAAGAUGAAAAGUUGAUAGAAAAGAUGAAGAUCUUAAUAAAGACAAUAGAAAAUGGAAUGGAAGCAUCCAAGAAUAAUAAUCAAGUUAAUUUGGGUCCUGAUUAAUGUUGAGUCAAAUUUAGAAUAAUUUUAUAUUUUAUUUAUAAAUACCCAAAUUUAUACUUUGAAUAAAAUUUUAAAAAUUGUUGAA